AGGGAAACAUCCACGAAACAAACACACGUCGAGCUGAGCAGCGCAGACCCCGGAGAUCAUGGCGCGUGGUAUCAUCAAGCACUUGAAGCGCAUGUAUGCGCCCAAGCACUGGAUGCUGGACAAGUUGAGGGGACGAUGGGCGCCCAAGCCCAAUGCUGGUCCUCAUAAGCUCAGGGAGUGCUUGCCUCUCAUCGUGAUGCUGCGACAGAGGCUGAAAUAUGCCCUCACCUACCGUGAGGUGAAGAUGAUUGUCAUGCAGCGUCUGAUCAAGGUAGAUGGGAAGGUGCGAUGCGACAUGUUUUACCCCGCCGGCUUCAUGGAUGUCAUCCAGAUUGAUAAGACCAAGGAGAACUUCCGCCUCCUCUACAACACCAAGGGCAGGUUUGUGCUGCACAAGGUGGCAAAGGAGGAGGCCAACUACAAGCUUUGCCGCGUGAAGCGCGUCACCCGUGGUCCCAAGGGCGUGCCUUACGCCGUGACCCACGACGGCCGCACCUUGCGGUACCCGGAUCCGGACAUCAAGGCCCACGACACCUUGCGGUUGGACCUGGAGACCGGAAAGAUCCUGGACCAUGUGAAGUUUGAGACUGGAAAUCUGGUGAUGAUCAGCGGUGGAAACAACAUUGGCCGAGUGGGCACCAUCACCCACGAGGAGAAGCAUCCAGGGUCCUUCGAGAUGGUGCACAUCAAGGACUCAGCCGGACACCAAUUCAACACUCGUUUGGAGAACGUCUUUGUCAUCGGCCAGGGGAACAAGCCUUGGAUCUCUUUGCCCAAGGGCAAUGGCGUGAAGCUCAGCAUCGUGGAGGACCGGACUGCAAGGAUGAGUGGCAAGUGAGAAGACUAAGGCGACAUCGACGUGAUUGCCGUGGAUGAAAAAGCAUCAAGUUGCGGCGCCAUUGGGGUGGAGAGAUCUCAGAUUUGGCCAGCGCAAAGACCUCCAACAGUUUUUCAGUCCUGCUUGACUGGAUGACACUACUUUAACA